AUGGAUCAAACUUUAAUUUGUUGUGAUGGUGCUGCCAAAGGUAAUCCAGGUGCAGCAGGUAUAGGAUUUAUAGGCAGAAAAAGUGAUGGUUCAUGCUUAGGAGCAGGGAGUGGAGGCUUGGGGAUUUCCACUAACUACAUUGCAGAGGUUAUGGCAUUGGUUGCAGCAGGAGAAUGGGCAGUGAGUAAGCAUCUUCUAAAUGUAAUUUUUAGUUUGGAUUCAAAGGCAGUUAUAAUGGCAUUUUCAAGUGACAAGAUUCCUUGGAUAGUUAGAAACAGAUGGAGAAGGGUAGUUAGUUCUUUGGGCACCAUAACUUUCAGACACUCCUACAGGGAAGUGAACUUCUCAGCUGAUAGCUUAGCUAAAAAAGAAACAACACUUAACAGAGGAGAAGUAAUUUUAUAUGAUGGCAGGCCAACUUUUUUGGGAAUAAUUGAACAAGAGGAUUCUCAUUACUUUUGA